CCGCUCUUUGUAUGAAAAACCCCGGAGUUCCGGAAUUGCACGGGUAGCUGCCCUCUGUGCCUCCGAUAUGAUUGAUUGUAUACGAAAGUGAUCCUUAACGUAUAAGUAAUCGCAUUUCGUCGUAAUCUUUUUAGUAAUAAAAGUAGUCGGUCAUCUGGCUUGUGAAGGUUUGUUGGUAGGAGUGGUUCCGUUUUUUGGCCAGUUAGGAAACCACAAAUUUCAUCGGACACUAUAUCUGGGUCUUUUUUUGAUGGCCUCAGUGAGUUUUAUGUCUUCAAAGAGAAAGAGCAUAACAUUACCACAGAGGCAACUAUUUUAGUUACAGAAUACUGGUGUUCUGCGUUAGGAUAACUUUCAGAGAUUUGUUUUCAUCUACUCCUGUGGGUAUGACUGUAAAGGCUUUUCGUCGACCUUUUACUUCGUUGAACACUCCCUGGAGAUAACAUAAACUAGAUUUAUUAUUCUUGGCAGUGCCAUGCGGGGGGUGGUGGUUAUAAAACUAAGGUGUUCUCCUGUUAACAGGCGAGGUUUGGGUGAUUUUUGGCACGUCUUAGGACAACUCACUUUCAUUGUAUCAAUUUCAUAGGAAAUCUGGAUCUAAACAUAUAACGAGAGCCUUUAGGAACAGUCGAGCUUGUGGAGGCUUUUCAGACAUUUUGUUGCUCUGAAUUUACUGGGUAGGGUAGUGUUUUAGUACAAUCUUCUGUAUUUUCACAAACAUCCUAUUAUGUUAUCAUUUUGUAGUAUUUAUCAGUAGUUGGCUUUGUAAAUUCCUUUCAAAUGUCCUUUUACUUUGGCUGUUAUCUAUGUCCUGUGGGUUUCAUUGAAAAAUUUAGCAAAAGCGUCUGAUUAUUGGUUAACUGUUUAAUAUCAUUACAAACUACAGUUGCUCACUCUGCUUUUGUGAUUUUAAAGUCACGAAAUGUAAGCCAUACUUGAAGACACUGGCAGUUGACUAGGUAUGGUUUAAGUAGGUUUUAUGAUUGAACAGUAAGACUAGAACAUUCACUAGAUGUUGGUUCUUGCAAUUGAUAUUUAAUUUUACUAUAUGUUAUAGACUCUGUAGUUAGGUUCUCAUGUGUUUUGUUUUGAUUCAGGGUGAAAUUACUAAUAUUUUUUCCUUACCUCUUAGAUUUCUGUUGGCUGAACUGGUCCACUUAUUCCGACUGAAUGCUAUCACGAAUAUCCGACGCUUUGGGGUGUUGUGACAAAGAUUCUUCAAGCGACUAUGCACCUGAAGGCAGUAGUUGGCUAUCAACAAGUGUGGAGGUUACUCCCUUUUUUGUGGUCCCAGCUCAAACACUACAAGAUAUCUUGCAAAAGAUUGGGAUAACUAGAUGUCCGAAUACGGGACAGUUUUAUCUGACUAAAAUGCCAUUCUUAGCCGUUAACAAUCAUGUAUCCAAUCCUACUUUACCUUGGGCUAUGGCUUAUUCCGCUCAAAAGCGAUGCCGUUAUUUGGAAACUUUUCUAAAGUCUAAGCAUCAGUUGUGUCACAAACUGACUGAUGAAUUACGCAGUCUAUCAGCAAUUUCAAAUGAAGAUAUUUCAAGUAAUUUAUCUACGUUCUUCAAUUUGCUAUGUCCUUUACUUACGGACACACCCAAUGCGGAAGUUGAUCUUCCCGAUAAUGACGUCUUGCUGUUGUUUGGCUCUCCAGCAACAGCAUUUCAAAUACUUUUGUUUACACCAUGUUUGUGCUCUCUUCUGACGGACUUCGUGUUGGAGUUAGUUGCUAAUCAUUCGCCAUAUUCUGAACAUCUUCUUGAGCAAUUUCGACAACCCAUUGGUCUUCAUGCGUUGUUCGGCACCAAACAAACAUUUUCUGAUAUAUCCUCACGUCUUACUGAUCUGUUUCAGAUUGCUGAGGAACCACGAGUACAAGCCAAAAUCCUUGGGAUUCUUCCUGAUCUGGCAUCUUCUCCUUGUUCGUCAGGGUGUAUAUUAAGUGAUGAAGAUAGAUCAUCGCUUGUUUCCCAGCUUAUCAACUUACUCGAUAAUGUAUCUCUUGAAAAUCAACACACCUCAUCCAAGGAUUGUAAUGCAGUCAUUUGCCUCAUCGAGUGUUUAACGGAUUUUUCUGUGAAAGGAGACUUGAUGGAUAGAUUACAUUCUGCUUUCUUCCAACUUCUUGAUCGCUGUAAUGGCCUGGAUUACUAUUUUGAGUAUCUUCGUAUAAUAACUCGUUGUCUUUUGAUUAGUGGACCAGCUCUUCCACAGACACCAGCUGAAUUAUCUAGACUUGUAACGCGUUUACGCACUUUUUUCGUUUUUGCUAGAUCAGGCUUCGUUGAUUCAGCAGUUGUAAUAAAUUCUACUCUUGUUGACCUUUUACGAGUUGCAUUUCGAUUUAACAAAAAUAUUGCAUCUGAAUGGAUACGUGUAAUUGGCUUAGAUUCUCAAACGUGGGACUCAACCUGUCAGACUACCAAUGGUUUCAGACCUCACAAUCAGUCUUUCCAAGAUUUUAUCAUACUAUGUAUAGCUCUCAGUACUCCAACAAUGACUGUUCAGAAAAGUGGAGAUAAUUUAGAUGCGGUUUCGAACACUUCUUCAAUGGAAGCUCUCUGUUCUUCUGACUCAUAUCAAUUUAAUCGCUUAAAAACUGAAGUGCUCUCUUCAGUACGUCGUCUUUUGAUUACUGGAAGGUUGUUUUCACAUGAUAAGAUCCAUAGUGAUAUAGACACAUUUCUAGCAAAUUACGGAGAGUUACUAUUUUCUGGGAGUACUCGUCUUUUUUCACCAUUUACAUUCAUUUUAAAUCAGCUUAUCGCAUCAAAUGAUCUGGUUCCUACUCAUUUCAAAUUUGUAACCAGGUAUAUUGCCCUCUCUUUAUACAUCAAAACAUUCACUAGCUGCAUGAGUGACCAUUUACAAAAACAGGAAAUCAUAAGUCAUCUUGUUCACCAUUCGUUGACGGGGAUCAGUAGCUUAAUUGUGAGAAAUACUGGUCGCCCUAAGUUGGAAGGCAUCAUAGACGCUACCCUUGUGACAUUGACACGACUAGCUCAGUCGAAUGCUAAAGAAUUCGGGAUUUUCGAGACAAAUUUACGUGCUCUUCGCAAUCAAGUUGAUUUUACGGGGUCUUGUUGUGAUCCUAAACAAACUAGUUUGAAAGAUUUUAACGUGUUUAACGGACACCACUCGGGCUAUUUACACCGGAAAAAACAUAUAAAACAUAUAUUUUUUAUACUCGCGUAUACGGCAUUUGGAAUCAGAGAACAUCGCGAACAACAGGACAGUUUACUGCUGUUUGUUCGUAAGCUGCUGUCAAGUCAGUCAUUAUUUUCGAAAUGUGUGGGUAUAAUCGGUGCUGUUGCAAUAAUUGAAGUAAUCUGUAAGAGGGACUCUUCGUUGAAAAACAUAGAACGCGAUUCGGCUACUUGUCUUUCACUGAAUGAAGACGACUCUGCUGUGUUAGCUUCACAGCUUGCCCAUGUGGAUAGCGGUCGAAGCAGUACAUAUACCACGAAUACUAGUCGAAGCAGUAAUGCUAGUUCAUUGAGCUUGAAAGUUCCUGGCACAGAACUUGCUGAUGACCCAUGUGAUGUUCAUCUGUCAGUUGGUGACAGUGAGGAAGAUACAGGUGCUAACUGUUCUUCCCAUUCUUCUCACCUUAUAACGCCACCUUCUCGUCUCCUGCUAAGACUGAUAGGAUUGGUCGAAUAUUCAGUUCGUUCAUAUUGUCAACUAAUGGUGUUGUGGUUAGACGAACUGGCAUUUUGUUUUAAUCGAUUAACUCAACUAAGUGAUAAGUGCAGGACAAGUCAAUCCAUUUUAGAUCAUGGAUCUAUCAAUGAAUCUCCCUUUUACGGAGAAGGCAAAAAGCUUGUCAUUUGGAUGGGUGCUCGAAUCAUGCGCCAUUUCCAGGAUGAUUUCGUUUUGGAUAAUGCUUCUUUACAAAAUUAUUUACCUCAGUUUUCAUUGCAUAAACCGAGUUUAUGUGAAGUCGCAGUUGCUUUGGGACCCUCAUGGGACAGAUAUUCAGCUAAUCAACGUUUAUUCAAAGGGGAGAAUUCAUCUGUUUCGAGUCCUCUUUUAUUGCCUGCAUAUUUAAAUUUGAUAGCAAUUGUAGAGGCAGAUCAAAAUGGUGGAAAUUUGGACACCAUCGAUGCUCUUUUGGGUUGUCCAGUCCUAGUGCCAAACAUGUUUCUGAACAGCGAGGCUACCCAGUUGAUCACGGCGAAUGAACCAGUCAGCAUUGAGGAGCCUUACUUAGUCAUAGGAACGAUCAACUGGUUCAUAGAAACUGUCAACGUUUUCGCUUCUAAGUUACUGUUUGCCAAUUUGUCUAGUUCACAAAAUUUUCACUUUCAUACAGUUGCAUCAACUAACGUGUUUAAUUCAACUCGUAUACAUUAUUUAUCAAUCCUUCUACGUCUCAUUCAGAUUGCGAAACUUCGUCAUUGUCUCUAUUAUUACUUAGUAAUAGCAUUCAGAACGAAGGACGUCCAACAACCAGAUGCAGUUGAGAUAUCCGAUAUUGAAAACCCUGGAUUUCAGUCUCAUUAUAUGUCAACCGACAGUGAGUAUAAUGUUUCUUCGUCGAAUCUGUUCUUCCCUACUGCUACUUAUCAACCUGCAACGUGUUUUUCUAAUCAUUUUGCUUCUUACAAUAGAGAAGUCAAUCAAGUUUGGUUUAAUUGUGGUGUUCAUUUGCAGUCAUUUCUGUCUGGUGAUAUAGAUUGCUCUUCAGGGUACGUUGUUUCGCUGUUACUUCCAUUUCCGAACAUACUCAUACCCAUCCCUUCUCUCACUAAUCUCUGUUAUCCAAUAUACUUGCUUGUAAGCAAUCCAAUAUUCAUGUAAUGCUAAAAACGUAGUGGAGAAUCUCCAUUAAAAAAAAUUGUUUUUAGAAAGUAAUGUGCCGUUAUAUGUUGAUUAUUAGUGUGAUUAUUACAAAUGUGGGUUUAUUUUUAGUAGUUGCAUCAAAUAUUCAGUGUUACUUCUCAAAUCCUUAUAUAAUCACUGAUGAUCUUUCUUGUUAGACUGAUGUUUCUUUACACCUAAAGACUUAUAUCCCCGUUAUUUUUCAUUGAUACAUAUCAAAUGUAGGUAGAUACGCUAAACCUAUUCCAAUAUUUUCACCAGUAUUUCAUAACUUGACACAUUGUCGUUUCAAAGAAAGGCGGGAAGUUUCUGUGAGUUGUGUAUGUUACAUUAUGGUUGUUGCUCAUAACAUCUGUGAUGUUUGGUAAUGAAAGUAAAGUAUGAUUGGUCGUUGAGCGUAGACAGAAAUCCACAGCUUACGAACUAUUAAAUAUGUGAUUUUCCUUCUUAUCAUUGAUUUCUACUCUGGACUCACUGUGUAUGACUGCUUGUAAUUGUAUUCGGUCAAGUAUUCUCUAGUGUUAAUCUGGUUCUCUAUUUCGGAGUCGCGAAUCCUGGUUCUGACAUUACGUGAUUAGUCUUAUUAACGUAUUAUCUUAAUAUGUGUGUAGAAAGGAAAACAUUGUAAACCAUCUAUCAUAUCAAUCUAUUUCCCUUUUACGUAUUAUUUUAAAAAAAUUCUUUAUCUCCAACUACUAUAAUCAUAGAAGAUAAAUUUUCACCAUACAUAAAAUAUCCAGUUCUGUGUACUUGUGAGAUCGAAGACAUCAGUGAGUCUGAGUAACUGCAAGUUAACCUGAAUACAAUGAUCACCGUAUGGCCUUCUGUAGCUCAGAUACAUUUUGCUGUGUCCUGGAGCCGCUGACCAAUAUUAUGUGACAAGUCACCAAUCAGAAUUCUAGUUGGAAUUGCUACCUAUUCUGCUUCUAUUUCCUCUACAGCCUAUUGUUGUCGAAUUGACCAAUCAUACGCCCGACUAGCACUGUUGACUUUGAGCCGACACAGCUAAGUUCCUGUUGGCCCCUUAUUUGCAAGCUUUUCUCCAUGUCCUGUCUAGAGUCUGAAAGUCAGCAGUCAACUCCUACUAUAUUUGUAGGUCAAACAAACGUGGCUUAUAUACAGACAUACCAGUCUGCAUCACAUCUUAAAAAGAGAAAUAACUAAUAUACAUGAACAAUCCAAAAGCGUCUGUGAAUAAAAGAAGUUGUAGAUAGUAGACUGGCAACAAAUUAGGAGUAGUAGGUCGUAUAACAUUAAUUAAUUGGUUAACUGGGACAUAUAAAUGGAAUAUACAUAGUAAUCCAGUUAUUCAGUACUUAUUAUUUAAGAAUAUACAUAUUAGUAAUCUGUAAAUUAGUUCUAGGAUUCAUCAUUAUUUCAAUUUUGAUUCUGAUAUAUCACAUUUCUUGAAUGAAGUCGGAAAAUUCAUAUGUCCACCUUUCACUUUGGUAUUCAGGAAGGAAAACCAAAGAAAUAAGUGAUAAUUAACGACUAAGUAAUACUGUGGUACUUAAUCGAAAUCUCACGACAACAAGCAUAAAUCACAAAACAACUAGUGAUUUUCUCACUUUUACCCAUCUAGAGAUAAAUUACCACAAGCUGUUGUCUGGUUAUUUGUAAAUAGAGUGUACUCGCAUAACAGUUCUACCUGAUUUUUUAAGCGUGCAAUACAAAACAACCAGUGCUUUUAAUUUGCAUCAAAUUGACGGAGAAAAGUGUAUAGUUUAAAGUAGUUAAAAAUGUUAUGAUGAUCUCAUAUAAUUUACCAUAUAUCAAUCACUAUUGUUUAGUCCUGGGAACAUUAUAGUAAAACAGUUUACCUUAAGCUAGAAAUUCCUAAUGACCUUCUUUACACUUCUGUUAGUUCUUCCAUGUAAUCAACUUUCAGCCGAAAAAGAAAUAGUUCCAGCUCAAGAUUUGGUACAUGUUCUAAAGGAAAAGAAACACGUGUCUCCUCCAACUUAAGUAUUGUAAAGCGUAGAAAAGCAUUAGAGAACACAAUCGAAAGUCAAUGGGAUAACGUAAAUGAAAAUCAAGAUGACAAUUUAUCUGAAAUGAGUGAUUCAGCUGCUUCACAAGAUGAAUGUAAUGCAAUUCAGCAGAGCGAUUCACCGCAAAUCCCAAGGAAACAUGGCAAGAAGACUGUUUUUGUUAAAUCAUCCAAAAUGGCUAAAGUCAGUAGAAAAGCAAUUAAAUCUGAUAAACUCUGUGUGAUGCCAAGUUUACGUGAAUUGACCACUUGUUUUCGCGAAUUGGAUCUCAGUGCCAUUGUUUUAGGUCUAAGCUCUUGGCCAUGGAUAGUGAAGUGUAAUGAUAAUCAAGUAUCCAAUGUGAGUUCUAUUGAUUGGACAACACUUACUUGGCUACUUGAUGAAUUAAGUAUCCGUUUGGACUAUGUUAUUGGGAUCCCCUUACCCGCCACAAAUGGAUGGAAUGCAUUUGAGCGUUUAAACAAUCUCACCGAAUCUUCGAAGCUUGCUUAUUUCACUUAUAUUGUUCCUUAUCUUGUCUAUAUACUAGUGCAUGCAGUGGAUUAUAUUUCAGGUAUAGCUAAGCACGCAAAUUAUUCGAACAAUGUGAGUGACACAGUUUUCUCAUCAGACUCAUCUGACGAUGAGCGUAGCUCACAGGAUAUUACGGAGUCCAAAAAGUCACAGUCGGAUGCACCUACUUCUGAAAAAACUAAUCCAAUUAAUGGAAGUAAAUUCAUCGAAAGUUUAUCAUCUGGAUUAAAUUGUCAGAUAUCAUCCAUCGUGUGCAUUUGUUUACGUUCUUUGUUGAUGUUCACAAAUGGAUUCAUUAAUCUCUCUCCAAACGUCGAACGAUAUUUAUUUGACAGCCCUGAUUCAUUAGCUAUCAGUUCUAUGACCACUUUCACAUAUAAUACCAUAAACACAUUUGCCAAGUGUUGUAAAUCGAACAUCAAUACAAGUGCUACACGUGAAAUUAUGAUAAAUGCAGAGGGUAUCAUUAGACCCGACCACUAUAAGCCUAUUAAUCAUGAUUAUGAUGUAGAACAAACCACAUUGUUUAUGAAACAAAUGGAUGAAGUAGAUGGAAAAUUUUUUGUUGAUAUUUACGAUGAAAAUCAUGACUCGCUGCCCAUUUUAAAAGAAAUAAAUGUGCCUAGAUUUGACAAUGCUGCCUUAUCUGAAAACCUACGUACAAUAAUCGAAUACUUGAUGAAGAAUUUAACACCAUCUCGUUUACCUAGUGCUCAUGCAGCUCUUUUACACUGCCGCCUUGUAUUUUAUUUGUCUUCUUUGUAUUAUGAAUGUCAAAACAGCUUAUCCGUCUCAUGUCAAUCAGAUGAAAAUACAUUUUGGGUUCCAAAUUUAUUCUCUUACACAAAAGACGUGUUGAAUCAAGAAUGGGAAGCUUCUAUCAAGUUGAAAGAUCAAACUUAUUCAGAGUGCCUCCAAGCUCUACUAUCAUUCCAUCUUCGUUGUCAGUUCUAUCGUUCAAAAAAGCUUUGUUCGUUAUCCCAGUCAACUAGUUUAUUAGUAGAUUUCACCAGAAGAGUUCUCGCUCCAGCUGUACAGUGUCACCAGAAUAUCAUUCAUCCAUUAUCUUCAAAUGGCGUUUCUGACAAUUUACAUAAUUCAUACCGAACUUUAAAUCGACAGACAAUCGAUAUAUUUUGCCGUGAGGUGUUGGAAAGUGUAGUCUGGUAAGUAUCCAUUAUAGUCUUUCAAAUUAUAAAAGUCAAGUGAAUAUACAUAGUCUUUUAGAUGAACUGCAAAUUUAAUUAACCAUAUUUGUUGUAUCUUGUAACUGCUUUGUUGUCUUCAGGUUUCUUGUCACAGAGCACUUUCAUUUUUUUCUGGAUUGUCAGUAGACCUUAUGAACCAACACAGUAGUUUUUUCUUGUUUUAGACGAACUCUUUUGGAUGGAGAAAUAAGAAGUCCAACUUUUAUAACAAUCAAUAUUUGCUGCUAUCGUAUAAACAAAGUUGAAUCUGUGAAGUACUGUUAACGAGGUAUUUGUCUAUCUGGCAUUUGUUGCGGAUGAAAUUCAUUUUACUUAUGCAAAAUUAAGUUCUUUGAGAUUUAAGGUAUUCGGUCUACCUUAGCAAGGUCACUUUGAACAUUACAGUAGAUUCUUUUGCAUGGGGUAUAAUAUGCAUCUGUAUGGAAAUAUCUUGGCAAUUCAUGUUAUGAUUUUAGUUAACAGAAACUAUAAUUGCACUUUGGAUGCCUUGUGUUUAUAAACGUGUUAUUUAAUUUAGCUGGAUUUGUUUUCAAAUAUAUUCGUCACGUAGUCUAAUUUUUUCAGUUUCCGAAUAGAAUUUUACCUGUGCAUGUGGUUUAAAAGUCUGUGAAUAUGAGGGGAAUUCAUUUUAAGUGUUGAGGACAAGAGAAAGAUCAUCUUUUGUUAAAUAACCGGUCAGAAGCUAUAUUUUUUUGUGCUUGUAAUCUAACUUCUUUGAUAUCCAACCAUUUUCGAUAAUUCCUUAUUUUAUAGGAUUUCAAAACAUCUAUGUGAUUUGCCAAGAAGCAUAAACACUUCAGUGAAUUCAGUUCAUUUGGACGAAAGCUCUAUUGUUGCUCAGUGGAAUCAGUGUGUUGAAGUGCUGUGUUGCAUUACAGAUUUUUUUCGAAAGUCUGAACGAAUAACGGAAUCAAAUUCAAGACCCAGUAGAAAUUUUCCUUCAAACAAGAGCAAUUCAAUAAUUCAUUUAUUACCAACAGUGAUGCGAACUGGACGUCUGUUCCUUCAAUUAUUGCUGAAAGGUGCUAUGCCUUUACUAAAUAAUUUGUUUAGACAUCGAGGUGUGGAGGUUACUACCUUCUUAAAGAACACACAACAACUAACUCGUUUCCUUCAACGUAUAUGCAAUCACGCUAAAGCAUAUCGUGACUCUCAACUAACUAAUCAAAUUCCAGCUACAAGACGGUGUUUGGAAACGUUUGUUUAUAAAGUCAAGGUUAGUUUCAUAUUUUUAGGGUUCCCUUAAAUAGUGAUAAUCCAUCCAAUGUAUCGAACUUUCUUAUUUUCAAUAGGAAGACAUUUUCACUGUAUAAUUGUAUGAACUAUCACUCCGUGUUCCCAAACUGGGAAACUUACUGAGUUAUAUGAAAGGGGAAAUAUACCAGCCAUGUGGUAUGCUUAAUGUCUGAUAUUAAUUUGUGUAUCUGUAUCUUUUUAUUCCCUAUUUAUUUCGAUAAAAGGCAACUAAUAUGUUGUAAAUAUUAAAGUGUUCUUCGCAUUAUAUAUAUCAAUGCAUAACACAUCUUAAAUGCUUAAAUUGAUAGCUAAAUUUUACUUUUAUAGAUCAUGCUUUCACAAAACAGUUGCUUGGAAGCGUUUUGGCUUGGAACAUUGAAAAAUCGAGAUCUUCAUGGGGCUGAUCUAUCAGAAGAUAAUGAUUCUAUUGAAGGUGGUACUGAAUGCCCUAGCACUGGUUCACGUUCUGUUAGUUACUCUAAUUCUUCUAGGAUCGACAUUAAUCGUUAUUCUGCGUCGCACUGUGUAUCUAAUACUAGUACUUCAACUUCAAGCCAAAUUGUAAAUGAAGGUCAUUCUACCCCCGGUUAUGCAGAUGGUGAAUCAGAAGUAGAGGAAGAAUUUGGUGAUCAUAGUCAAAAAUGUGAGGGAUUGACUGAGGAAGAGGAUGUCAUUAACGAAAGUCCUAGUGACGAUAGUAAUCUGCUUGAAGCAAAUGAUGAUUAUUAGAUUCAUUACUUUGACAUCUGCAAUCUAAUCUAAACCAAUUAAUAAAACAUUAAAUACUAUCUUGAAGCAAUAUUAUAUUUUGUGUCUGCAUGUGGUAGAUCCAAUAUUGGGAUCCAUUUGUUGUGUACUAGGUGUCUUCCUAUCUAAAUUCUACAAUUUUCCUAAGUAUACACUUAGUCUGCUUGUCUCAGUUAUUUCUCUGAAGGAUACUAUCUGAGACGAAAUUGAUGAAGGUUAUGUAUGGUGAAGGCUGUUUUGAUUGUAUUACAAAUACCCCUCUAUAUUUUUAUUUCUGGUGCCACAAGUUUUCGGAUUGUUUUAUCUCGUCUUUUUUAAUAGGAUAUUUCAGCUUUCCUCUCCAAAGCUAGGGAACAAACGAAAGCAAAUGUCAUUGGAUGACAUUUUUACGUCCAUAGUUAAAAAUAUGUUUUUAUGUUACUUGCGACACCAAAGCGUGGGUAUUUAUUUGAUCGCUUCCGACAGAUCCGAUAGGUCCGUUCAUUUUAGUCGUUCAAAGAUCUGUUUACCAAACGAGAUUAUAAAUCAUUCGUAUACUUAGAAUAGUAUAUUUACUUAGUUAACAAUAAAUUAUUAUUCAUACGUCUUGAAGCUUUAUUUUAUAUACUUGCUAACUUGGGGAAUCAUCGCGUAUAUUCAGAGGCGUGUCAUUUAGAGUUGGAAUUUAAAUCAUAAAGUUUUCAUUUCAAAUUUUUAUGUAGUUUCUGUCUGGAUUCUCGCAAGAAAUUCAUCCUUUGAUAUUUCUAGGUUUCUUGUUAAUAAUAUGACAUGGGUAACCAAAAUAUCUAGAGAAG